AUGUCCAAAGGAUACAGCUUUCUUGAUCAAAUAUCUUAUGCUAAGGAGACAUGGAGAAUUAGAGUGAGAAUAUGCAGAAUGUGGAAAGCAGUGAAUAAGAGAAGUGGAAAUAACUUCAUCAGUCUUGACAUGAUCUUUAUCGAUGAAAAGAAAAGCUUAAUGCAUGCAAUUGUAAGAAAGAAUGUGUUUCAGAAAUUUAGUACCAUCCUACGUUAUAGACUGGUUUCAAAUGACCUGAACAUCAUUUUCCUCUUAACAACUUCGGUUAAGGAGUGCAAUGAAGAAAGUGAACUCAUACCUAUGCAUGCCUUUGAAUUUGCAACAUAUGAUUGUAUCAACAAUCGUUUGAAUGACAAUUCUUACCUAACAGAUAUGAUUGGCAAACUUACUGCUGUUGGACCCAUUGAACAAGUUCACUUUCACAACGGCUCUACAAAUAUAAGAAAUCUCCAAAUUCUACUACCUGAACUAUUUAAUGGAGAUGGUUUCAGUAAUAUUGGACUCAUUGCUACAAUAGGCAAACUGAAUCUUAACACCACAAGUGCAACUAAAGUUUACGUCAAUUUGGACAUUACUGAGGUUUCUGAGCUCAUUGACAGAUAUAAAGUUGUUGAGGAUGAAUACGAUAAUGUUGUUCGAUCUAUUCCAGCACAUGACAAAAAACCCAAAUCUGAAUCAGAAUUGAUAUUGCAAACUACGAUGUCAUUGGCAGAAAUUAAAGCACUGGAAUGGGUGGAAGGAGUCAAGAAACAGAAUUAG